CCCCCGGGCCCUACGGGGCUGAGGUCGGGAGGCCCCGCCCCCCGCCCACGAGGAAGUGGCUGCGGCUCCGGCGCGGAGCCCAGAGCCGGUUCGGCGCGUCGACUGCCCAGAGUCCGCGGCCGGGGCGCGGGAGGAGCCAAGCCACCAUGGCCUACCACAGCUUCCUGGUGGAGCCCAUCAGCUGCCACGCCUGGAACAAGGACCGCAGCCAGAUCGCCAUCUGCCCCAACAACCACGAGGUGCACAUCUAUGAAAAGAGCGGUGCCAAAUGGACCAAGGUGCAUGAGCUCAAGGAGCACAACGGGCAGGUGACAGGCAUCGACUGGGCCCCCGAGAGUAACCGUAUUGUGACCUGCGGCACAGACCGCAACGCCUAUGUGUGGACGCUGAAGGGCCGCACGUGGAAGCCCACGCUGGUCAUCCUGCGGAUCAACCGGGCCGCCCGCUGCGUGCGCUGGGCCCCCAACGAGAACAAGUUUGCUGUGGGCAGCGGCUCCCGUGUCAUCUCCAUCUGUUAUUUCGAGCAGGAGAAUGACUGGUGGGUUUGCAAGCACAUCAAGAAGCCCAUCCGCUCCACCGUCCUCAGCCUGGACUGGCACCCCAACAACGUGCUGCUGGCUGCUGGCUCCUGUGACUUCAAGUGCCGGAUCUUUUCAGCCUACAUCAAGGAGGUGGAGGAACGGCCGGCACCCACCCCAUGGGGCUCCAAGAUGCCCUUUGGGGAGCUGAUGUUCGAAUCCAGCAGUAGCUGUGGCUGGGUACAUGGCGUCUGCUUCUCAGCCAGUGGGAGCCGCGUGGCCUGGGUGAGCCACGACAGCACCGUGUGCCUGGCUGACGCUGACAAGAAGAUGGCCGUCGCGACUCUGGCCUCUGAAACGCUACCACUGCUGGCACUGACCUUCAUCACAGACAACAGCCUGGUGGCAGCGGGCCACGACUGCUUCCCGGUGCUGUUCACCUAUGACGCCGCUGCGGGGAUGCUAAGCUUCGGCGGGCGGCUGGACGUUCCCAAGCAGAGCUCGCAGCGUGGCUUAACGGCCCGCGAGCGCUUCCAGAACCUCGACAAGAAGGCGAGCUCGGAGGGCGGCACGACUGCGGGCGCGGGCCUGGACUCGCUGCACAAGAACAGCGUCAGCCAGAUCUCGGUGCUCAGCGGGGGCAAGGCCAAGUGCUCGCAGUUCUGCACCACUGGCAUGGACGGCGGCAUGAGCAUCUGGGAUGUUAAGAGCUUGGAGUCAGCCUUGAAGGACCUCAAGAUCAAAUGACCUGUGAGGAAUAUGUUACCUUCAUCCUAGCUGCUGGGGAAGCAGGGAGAGGAGUAGGGGAGGCUAAUGGUUGCUUUGCUGAAUAUUUCUGGGGUACCAAUGUGAGUCCCCAUAGGGGCUGCUCCCUCAAAGAGGGGACAGAUGGGGAGCUUUUCUUACCUAUUCAAGAAAUAUGUGCCUUUUUCUUAAAGAAAUGCUUUCAUUUAUUGGAAAAAAAAAAAAAAGCCCCCAAAGCACUAUGCUGGUCAUGAACUGCUUCAAAAUGUGGAGGUAAUAAAAUGCAACUGUGUUAAAAAAAAAAAAAAAAAAAA